CCAACGACAAAUCCUCUGUUUUCGCCUUUGCUGCCAUGAAGAAACAGAGGAAACACCUCUAUUCAAUCCUUCUUCCGGUAACACUGUUUCUCCAAUCAGUUCUUGCCGUCGAUCUGGUCUUCAAUGGAUUCAACUCCACCUCUUUGCUUCUCUACGGCAGCGCCAGCGUCGAAGCCGGAUUUCUCAAGCUCACUAAUGACACCACUUUCAUAAUCGGCCGUGCUCUUUACCCAUCCAAGAUCCCGACCAAGGCUCCCAAUUCCUCCUACGUGCUUCCGUUUUCGACUUCCUUUAUCUUCUCCAUCGCUCCUUACCGUAAUUUCUUACCUGGGCACGGAUUAGUUUUUAUAUUCGUUCCCCAUACUGGAAUUGAGGGUACGACCUCAGCUCAAAAUCUGGGUCUCCUCAAUCUGACGAACAACGGAAAUUCCAGUAAUCAUCUUUUGGGAAUCGAGUUCGACGUUUUUGAUAACGAAGAAUUCGAAGACAUAGACGCUAAUCAUGUAGGAAUCGACGUGAACUCUCUCAAGUCGACAAAAGCGCACACGGCGGGUUACUGGCCAGAGAAUGCAAAAGACGGCGACGAGGAGUCGUUCAAGGAGUUGAAGCUAAAUAAUGGCAAAAAUUAUCAAGUUUGGAUUGAUUAUGAAGAUUCCGUCAUCAACGUUACCAUGGCGCCGGUGGGGAUGAAAAGGCCAGAGAGACCUUUGUUGAAUAUUUCUCUCAAUCUAUCUGAAAUUUUAGAAGAUGAAAUGUAUGUUGGGUUCACCGGAGCCACGGGAAGAAUGGUCGAAAGUCACAGGAUUUUGGCCUGGAGUUUCAGUAACUCGAAUUUCUCGUUAAGUGAGAGACUGAUCACCGAGGGUUUACCAUCGUUUGUUCUUCCGGAAACUCCAUUUAACCGAUCUAAAUGGUUUAUUGCCGGAGUAACAGUGGGGAGUUUCCUUAUUGUUUGUGGUUUUGCUCUGUUUUCUCUGUUUUUGAUUAAGGAAAAACAGAGGAGGGCCAGGGAGAAAGCGGAAAUGGAGGACUGGGAAUUCGAGUACUGGCCGCACCGGAUAACGUAUCAAGAAAUCGAAGCAGCUACCAAAGGAUUUUCCGAGGAAAAUGUGAUUGGAAUCGGAGGGAAUGGAAAGGUGUACAAGGGGAUUUUACCGGGCGGAGCAGAGGUGGCGGUGAAACGGAUUUCCCAUGAAAAUAACGGAAUGAGGGAAUUCUUGGCAGAGAUUUCGAGCAUUGGCCGGUUAAGGCACCGGAGCUUGGUGGGGUUGAGGGGAUGGUGCAAGAAAGAAAGAGGGACAUUCAUGUUGGUAUAUGAUUACAUGGAAAAUGGGAGUUUAGAUAAAAGGGUGUUUGAAUGUGAAGAAGGCAUGAUGUUGAGCUGUGAAGAGAGAAUAAAGGUGUUGAAAAAUGUGGCCAUAGGGAUUUUGUAUUUACAUGAGGGAUGGGAAGCAAAGGUUCUACAUAGGGACAUUAAAGCCAGCAAUGUGUUGCUAGACAAGGACAUGAAUGGAAGGCUAGGAGAUUUUGGGUUAGCGCGGGUGCACGGCCAUGGGCAGGUGGCUCAGACCACACAUGUUGUUGGGACAUUAGGGUACUUAGCACCGGAGGUGGUCAAGACCGGGCGAGCAUCCACCCAAACCGAUGUUUUUGGGUUUGGAGUCUUGGUGUUGGAGGUCAUGUGUGGGAGGAGACCUAUUGAUGAAGGGAAGCCUCCUUUGGUUAAGUGGGUGUGGGGGUUGAUGAUGAAAGGAGAAUUAUUGAAUGCAUUGGAUGAGAGAUUGAGAAGAGGAGGAGGAGGAUACAAUGAGGUGGAAGUGGAAAAUGUUUUGCAUUUAGGGUUAAUUUGCGCGUAUCCAGACCCUCGAGCCAGACCGUCCAUGAGGCAAGUGGUGAAGGUUUUGGAAGGGAAAAAUGAGGCUAUGGAGACAGAAAGUGAGGACAUGGAAGUGUAUUUACUCCACAAAAUGAAGAAGUCAAAGGAGGAUAUGUGGUCUAAUUAUUCUAGGGCUUAUGGGUCUUCAGCACACCCAACAUUUGAUGAUGUUAGGCAAUCUCAUUCUUUUUCUAUGUCUGUGUCUUGGAACAACUCAAUUGCAGACGGUAGAUAAGGCCUCUCCUCUGUAAUUUUGUAAGGGAUUUUAUUAUACAAAAAAGUGUUAGUGCAAUUUAAGUUAUACAAUAUAAACUAUGAAAGAGUCUACAAUAUUGAGAGUUGCUCUUUUAUUCAAUAAUUUUGAUAAUGUAAUAUGAAUUACAAAAUAAAGAAUUCUUUAUUAG